UUCACGUUCAGUAGUACAUGUCUUUUAAUGGUAUCAGUUUCAAUAAAUAUUCAAUAUUUAAUGUAUAUAGUGUGAAAGUUCUGCUGCACGGAGUGUUCUGAUUGGUGGAGUUUAGUCGAGGGAAGUUCCCUUCACGGAGCAGAGAGUAGGGAGCACUCCGUGAAGUGCACUUCGGAAUGGAACGCUGCCCGAGAGACACCUGAACGGGGGAGGCAUAUUAUUAUGGGAUGGCCCACACUGGCUCGCAGGCGUCUGGACGGCCUCUUCACAAGUCAAACCACGGAAAACUCAACCGCGCUGGUAUUGGCCGCCCCUGCAGGCUCCGCCCCCGUGUACAUGCAGCUGUGGUUCAUGGUGUUGAUGGCGGCCGUGGCUUUGAUCCUGUUCGGGAUUUCGUUGGGCGUCGGCCUGCACAGAGCUUUGUCCCGCCCUCCGUAUUCCCGGGAGCGCCCUCCCCUCAUCCCCAUGCCCCUACAGCCCCGCAGUCCCCGGGGCAUUUACCCCCCCAGCAACGCCUACCUGUUUGACACGGUUCCGGAUGCAGCCAGUUCCCCCAACACCGUGACCCUGAAAGCCUUCACCAUGCGCAUGGAGGAGGUGAGCGACAGUAAAGUUAUGGAAAAUCCUGACGGCUCGACAGAGAGUCAGAUAGGGGUCGUUACCGUGUCAACGGUCCACAUGUCCUCUCAGGAUGUUACCCAGAAUCCGUUGCGUCGCAGUGUGAGUCAGUUGAUGGACAGGAAGGUGGGGGAGGAGCAGGAUGAAGUGUGGAAUCCCCAUUUUAGAGCCCACGACAGCGGAAUGUUCGAUGAGGAAUUUGUCGACACCAUUAAAGGUUUCAGCACCGUGAGGAAAGAGCACACCAUGUUCACCGACACCAACCUCUAACCCCUGACCUCUAACCCCUGACCGUCCAGGAGGAGAGACACCUCGAGACGCAGGAAUGAAGCAGCAUGAUGAGGCAGAGAUAACAUGAAGCAUGACGUCAGCACACACACGGACUAAUCCGGGCCUCAUCCGAUCGGAGCACGAGGAAAUGUUUACGAGUGUUCUCGCGGCGUGAUGAUGUCAUUAUGUGAGAAGAUAGAGAACGGUUUAGGUGAAUAGAAAGAAAGACCAGCGGAUAGGAAAGUGACGAGCAUUAUAGAGUCAUGAAGUUGGUAUGCUGGUCACCUUACUGAUGCUGGUCCCCAGCAUACCAGCACCAAAACACAACAUAUACUGGUUUAAGUGCUGGUCAAGCUGGUGACUGGCUAUGAUGGUCUAUGCUGUUUCCUUUCUGUUUUAAGUGAUUUUAAUCGAUUACUUUUUAAAAAUAAGCAUUUAUUGCCAGUGCAUUUAUAUAAAAGGUUUGUGUUGUGUUUUUAGACAAUCCAGAAG